AUUAAUAAAAGUUUAUAUACUCGUCGGAGAUAGCUUAACAAAUUUUCCGAUUUAGCUCUGUUUCAUUUCAUCUCUAAAUUCAAUUCAAUACGAAACUUAUCUCAAAAAAAAAAAAAAAAAAAUUCAAUACGAAACUCCAUUUUUAAUUUAUUAUUGGUCAGUUAAAUUUGAGGUGAAAUUAUCCACCCCCAUUUUUGACUCACUUGCGUUGUAGCCGAAUUUCAAAAAUGGUAGAAUCAACAACAACCCAGAUGAAUUAGUGAGCGAAAAAUCGAAGAUAUUGCUUAUCCAAUAGUAAAGAUUCAAUUUUUAGUGCAUUAACAACAAUGGGUUCUGGAGAAAUAGCUUCUUCAUCUGGAAACACUAACGUUUCUAGCUCAGGGCUUAUUGAAAAGCACCAAUUGGAGCUAGACAAUUUGACACUAACCACACAACCCUUCAAAACACUAAAAUUCUUCACAUUAGCUAUUAUUCAAUACUUGAAGAAAACAGCAACAUAUUUGUUGGCCAAAGGUGGAUUGCUUAUGCUUCUCAGUGUUGUGGUAGGGGCCCUUGGCAUAAUGCUGAUUACGGUUGAAGGUCCUCAUGAAAAGCAUUUUGAGGAGCUACUUAAAUAUUUCCGUUUUGGACUAUGGUGGAUAACCCUUGGGAUUGCAUCUUCAAUCGGUCUUGGGUCUGGUUUGCAUACUUUUGUUCUAUACCUGGGUCCCCACAUAGCAUUCUUUACGAUAAAAGCCAUGCAGUGUGGCCGAGUUGAUUUGAAGAGUGCUCCGUAUGAUACAAUACAGUUAGAUAGAGGUCCCACUUGGCUUGAUAUGGAUUGCUCGCAAUUCGGGCCACCGAUGUUUCAGUCAGAUCAUGGUUCACAGAUUCCACUAAGCAUCAUUUUGAUUCAAGUUCAGUUGGAAGCUGUUUUAUGGGGUAUGGGGACAGCUAUUGGGGAGCUUCCUCCUUACUUUAUAUCCAGGGCAGCACGCUUGUCUGGGAGCAAAUUGGAUGCAAUGGAAGAGUUGGAUACUGAAAAUGAAGGAAUCAUCACAACCUACUUAAAUCGCAUCAAGCGUUGGUUCUUAUCACAUUGUCAUCAUUUGAAUUUCCUUACCAUUUUGGCGCUUGCUUCGGUACCAAAUCCUCUGUUUGACCUUGCUGGUAUCAUGUGUGGACAAUUUGGCGUUCCAUUUUGGAAGUUCUUUCUUGCGACUUUCAUUGGGAAGGCUCUUAUUAAAACUCACAUACAGACGGUAUUUAUCAUCUCAGUUUGCAAUAAUCAGCUUCUUAAUUGGAUAGAGAAUGAAUUUAUCUGGGUUCUUGGUCAUAUACCUGCUUUUGCUUCUAUUUUGCCUAGUGUGAUUGCUAAUCUCCAUGCAGUUAAAGAUAAGUAUCUGAAAGCACCUCAUCAAGUUUCCCCAAAAAUAAAGGGGACAAGAUGGGAUUUCUCAAUUGCUUCAAUCUGGAACACUGUGGUGUGGCUUAUGCUUAUGAAUUUCUUUGUGAAGAUAGUGAAUUCAACUGCUCAGAGUUAUUUGAAGAAACAACAGGAGAUAGAACUAGCUGCAUCAAACAUUUCUACCUCAACUGAUUAGAUGUCCCAAUAAAAUGUUCAUGUUCUGCUUGUAUUGCUCUCUUUUUUAGCUGCUCUUGCAAGCAGAAAUAUUUAUUGGUAUUGUUAUAAAUAUUUCUGAAGGUCCCUUUCAAAUUGGUAAGUAGAAUCAGAGGUCUCAUAAAAGCUUCUAUAGGCAUUAAUAUACAAACACAAUAGGUAGCAUAAGUUGUGACAUUCAUUUUAAGUAACUAUUGUUUGGGAUGGCUUUCAGAUUUUAACCAUUUAUUCGCUACUAUUCUUUUUGGAAUAGCAAA